UUUUACAGAAGAAGUUACGUAACCCGGAAGUACGCGGGACUUCGGUUCUGCAAAAAAGGAAAAAGCUAGCCGUUAGCCUCCCGGUGCUGCAGGGUCUGGUUCUGUCUCUUAGCGAUCAACAUGGUCCAGUUGGUGGGUUCGCUUCGAAAAGAGCUGGCUGACUCCCUUUCCACUUGCAGGGUGCUGGUGGUGGGAGCGGGAGGGAUCGGCUGCGAGCUGCUGAAGAACCUCGUCCUUACCGGCUUCAAAAACAUCGAAGUGAUUGACUUGGACACAAUUGAUGUGAGCAACCUGAACCGUCAGUUCCUCUUCCAGAAGAAGCAUGUCGGCAAGUCUAAAGCACAGGUGGCCAAAGAGAGCGUCUUGCAGUUUUGUCCUACUGCAAAUAUCACUGCCUACCAUGACAGCAUCAUGAACCCUGACUACAAUGUGGAGUUCUUCAGAAAGUUUGUGCUGGUAAUGAACGCUCUGGAUAACAGAGCGGCCCGUAACCAUGUGAACAGGAUGUGCUUGGCAGCAGACAUUCCUCUGAUAGAGAGCGGCACAGCAGGAUACCUCGGACAAGUCACAGUAAUCAAGAAGGGCAUGACGGAGUGCUAUGAGUGCCAACCUAAGCCCACCCAGAAGACAUUUCCAGGAUGCACCAUAAGAAACACGCCGUCUGAACCCAUUCACUGCAUCGUGUGGGCCAAGUAUCUCUUCAAUCAGCUGUUUGGAGAAGAGGAUGCAGAUCAAGAAGUGUCACCCGACACAGCGGACCCAGAGGCUGAAUGGAAUCCCGAAGAGACGGCAGCUCGCGCCACGGCCUCAGAAAAGGACGGGGACAUCAAGAGAGUCUCCACCAAGGAGUGGGCCCGUUCCACAGGAUACGACUCUGUCAAACUCUUCAACAAGCUUUUCAAAGAUGACAUCAUGUACCUGCUUACCAUGGACAAGCUGUGGAAGAAGAGGAAAGCUCCUACUCCUCUGGACUGGCACCAGCUGGAGAACAGUGCAUGUCCUCAGGGGGAUUCUCCAGUUUCUGGUUUGAAGGAUCAGCAGGUUCUGGGUGUAUGGGGUCACUGCCAGCUGUUCCAGCACAGCGUGGAGACUCUUCGCUCACAGCUGCAGGAAAAGGGAGAAGGAGCAGAGCUAGUGUGGGAUAAGGAUGACCCUCCAGCCAUGGACUUUGUUACUGCAGCAGCCAACUUACGUAUGCACAUCUUUAGCAUGAACAUGAAGAGUCGCUUUGACGUAAAGUCCAUGGCAGGUAACAUCAUCCCAGCUAUUGCUACAACCAACGCUGUCAUCGCUGGACUCAUCGUGCUGGAGGCGUUGAAGAUCCUCUCUGGCCAACUGGAAUCCUGUCGUACGAUCUUCCUGAACAAAUGUCCCAACCUCAGGAAGAAGCUGCUGGUCCCGUGUAUCUUGGACCCACCCAGCGCCAACUGCUAUGUCUGUGUCAGCAAACCUGAAGUCACAGUCAAAGUCAACGUCCACAAAACUACUGUCCUCUCUGUGCAGGACAAGAUCCUGAAGGAGAGAUUUGGCAUGGUGGCUCCAGAUGUUCAGAUAGAGGAUGGAAAAGGGACCAUCCUCAUCUCCUCAGAAGAAGGAGAAACGGAAGCCAACAACAGCAAAUUUCUUUCUGAUUUUGGGAUCCGUAACGGCAGCCGUCUCCAAGCUGAUGACUUCCUCCAAGACUACACACUCCUCGUUAAUGUCCUGCACACCGAGGAGCUUGAACGGGAUGUGGAGUUUGAGGUAGUAGGUGAGGCCCCAGACAAACCUCCGCCCCCUCAGUCAAACCAGGAAGAGGUUAACAGCAUAACCAACGGCAACAAGGACUCCGCCCAGCCGUCCACCUCUUCUAAAGCUCCAGCAGAAGACGAUGACAUCAUGAUUGUUGACUCUGACGAGGACGAAGGGGCGUCGUCGAGCUCUGCAGCAGCAGGCGCCGGCGGCAUCAAGAGGAAGCACUCGGAUGCAGAAACUGGCGAGGCCUCCACCAAGCGCCCACGGACGGACCAAUCAAGUGCCACAGCUGGCCCCACCGACAAUGACGAUGAUGACAUCAUCGCUCUGGACUAACCCGUCCUCCCUGGUCUCCUGAAGGACUGAGAACUCUUUAAACGUUUGUCAUUUUGACUCAAGACUGACAGUAGGCUUAAAUAAAACACCUCUUUUAUGGAGAACAGUUUACUGCCCUGGUUCAUCUGUCGUCACUUCCUCCUCCCGAACUGUGUGUUUGUGCUUUCAUACUCCCUCUGCUCUCUGACAUGAUGCUGUAAAUAGAUUCUGCAUUUUAAGAAGUUUUGAGAAAUACAUAAAUACAGCUGCUUUUGUUAUUUUUAUUCAUUUCCGACCCCUAUAAAAUGCUUCUCUUGAUGGUUUAAAAAAAAAAAGUGCUUUUGUAUUUUUUAUAAACGUACUGUAUUUCUCAUGCUACACAAGUCAGGGUGUUUUUGUGCUUUGUGGUCAGGUUACAAAAGA